CUCCCGCUUCCCCCAUCUUCUCUGCUCAGCUUUAUUCUUAUUCUAUUCUCUCUCCUCUCCUUCUUCAUUCCUACCUUAGAGAGAGAGAGAGAGAAAUAUUUUUGGAGAGAGAAAGUGGAGGUUAGAGAAAGGAAGAGAGAGAAUUGUGAAAUGGCAAUGGUGGCUCCUAAGCAGUUGGUUUCUCUGUGUUCUUUGCUUCUUCUGUUUCUCUUCCUUGUCGGUGCCAUGGCAAGGGUGGUACAGAAAAACGACGUCGCAGAAUCAAGGACUGUCGAAAAAGUGCAGUUGCAGAGCUCCACCGACUCAACAAUGGCGGAGAGGUUGGAAGAGGUUGAACCAGCUUUAAAUGAACAUGCAGUGGAUGACCCAGAAGAAGUUGCCGCCAUGGUUAAUAU